GGUCACAUUGUCGGCUGAUAAUUGAAAAAUUAGUGGAAAAAAUCAAAUUGGGCUAGAGAAUGUGCUUAAAGUUACUUAUUUUCACGGCGCUUUUCGCCCUAGUUAACUGCGAGGUUGUCAUUGGCCAGGAUGAACUGGUGGACGAGAUCUCCGGCCUGUACACAAUCGAAGGACGAGUUUCCCCUCCCGAUUCCAUUUUUCCACCGGCUCAAGGUGGACGAGGUGCUCCGGAGAACAAGGAUAUUCCCAAGUGGCAAACGGAGGUUACCCUAUCCAUCAAUGACGGCGAGUUCAAGGGAUUCGUCCGCGAGGAUGGUCAAUUCAUGAUUAGCGGAGUUCCCUCCGGAAGCUAUAUCCUGGAUGUCCACCACCCAGAUGUGUUCUAUGAGCCGGUGCGCGUCGAGAUCAAUCCGAAGGGAAAGUUCCGAGCUCGCAAAGUGAACUUUGUCCAGCCGGCUCAAAUUAUGCAGGUGCCCUAUCCACUGCGUGUGAAGCCCCUGAUGCCUUUCAAGUAUUUCCAGACCAGAGAGCAGUGGAAGAUUACCGACUUCCUGUUCAGCCCUAUGGUGCUGAUGAUGGUCCUGCCCCUACUGCUCAUGUUGGUCCUUCCCAAGAUGAUCAACGAUCCUGAGACCAAGAAGGAGAUCGACAAUUUGCAGUUCCCUAAGAUGGGCAACGACAUGCCCGAAAUCAGCGAAAUGCUAACAUCUCUGCUGACUGGCAAACAGCCCGAACCCAAGGAGAAAAAACCCGCUCCGGCCGCGAGGCAGACCAAGAAGCGCAAGGAACAGUAGAUCGUGUUUAGCCUUAAGCCAAAAAAGAGCCAUCGAGCUCAACUUAAGUCAGUUUGAGUAAAUAGUACAUUUUCAUUAUAA